AUGGACUAUCCGGGUUUCGGUCUUUUGGAAGGAUUGCACGGUUACAUUCCUGACUUUGAUCAACUAGUUGAUGAUGUUAUAGAACAAUACAAGAAGCUUAAAGGUAGACUAGAAUUGAAAGGAUUGCCUCAUUUCAUAUUAGGACAGUCCAUGGGGAGAGCUGUUACUUUGAAAAUGCACUUGAAAAAACCAAAGCUAUGGGAUGGAGUGUUCUUGUGGCUCCCAUGUAUUGCAGACGAUGUGAAACUGCCAGAACCGGUUCUUAAGGUCUUAAAUCUAAUGUCUAAUGUGGUGCCAAAAGCCAAGCUUCUCCUGAAGGUUGAUCUUGGUGAACUAGCUCUCAGAGAAAUGAAGAAAAGGAAACUGGUUCGUAUGCCUUACUUUCUUCACUAG